AUGCCUUCCGGGCCCGCGCUCUGCAGUGCAGCCUCUGCUGGAGACCUCCAGCGCUGCACCGAGCUGCUGGAGGAAGGAGCGGAGGUGAAUGAGGCCGACGUGUUCAAGCAGACUCCGCUGAUCAAUGCCGCCGUAGCCGGCCAUGUGGAGGUGGUGAAGGCCCUGGCGGCCGCACGCGCUGACCUGGCCUGCGCCGACCGCAGCGGGUGGUCGGCGUUGCACUGGGCAGCUUUCCAGGGCAGCUGUGACAUGGUCCGCGUCUGCCUGGCUCUGGGUGCAGACGCCAAGCAAAAGGACCUGAAGGGCAGCACUCCAAGGGAGGUGGCUGACCACGUUUUGCAGGGCCAGGGCGAGGCCAAGUUUGGCGAGGGCCUGCAGGGAGAUCGAGGCACCUGA